GCAUGUAUAUAUAUAUUUGUGAACUCGCGGACACGCUCGUGAUCUCCAACGAACAAAAGGCAGCCAGCUCUGCUCUGGACCUGCUGUCUGUCUCCGGCCGGUUCCGUUUCCGUCCUCGUCAAUGGCGAAGCGAACGGAGGCGAGGCCGGCCGCCGCGCGGCCGCGGGCGUCGGUGUCGGUGCCGGCGUUCGGCGGGUGGGAGGCAGCAGGCGGCGCGGCGGCGGCGGACUACUCGCUGGACUUCACCAAGAUCCGCGCCGCACGGAUGCAGCGCAGGAAGGCGCUCUCCUGGUCCAGCUUCGUCGGCAACAGCCCCGCCGUCGUCGUCGCCACCGAGGCACCCGACAGCGGCGUCGGCGGCGGCGAGGAGGAGGAGGAGGAGGAGAAGCGGCAGUGGUCGUCGGUGGCUGCCAGCGACGACGACGACCGCGAACGCCGCCGAUACAGGCACAGGCACAGUCACCGGCACCGCCGCCUGCGCAGCGACGACGACGACCGCCAGCCGAUCCAGCCCGCUCCCAAGGGAAGGAGCAAGUUCCGGGGCUACCUGUUUGGUUGCGUGGGUGGUGGGCUAUGAUGACUACAAAUAAUCAAGCCCAAAUUCAAGGAACAAAAAUACCAUGCGUGUGGAUGUAGAGUUUAUUCUUGUACCACAAAUAAUCAGCCCAAAUUCAUCUGUCAGAGAUACUCCUGUACGCGUGCUUAUUUAUUUAUUUAUUUUCAUUUUUGGUUGC